GACGCGGAGGCUCCCCCGGGACUCGGCCUCAGCAGCUAGGCGGCGGCGGCUGCGGAGGCGCAGGCAGCAGCUGAGUAGCGGCGGGCUCAGGUGCAGCCGCUGCUCAAAGAAAAUGAACGGCACUCUGGACCACCCAGACCAACCAGAUCUUGAUGCUAUCAAGAUGUUUGUGGGCCAGGUUCCAAGAACCUGGUCUGAGAAGGACUUGAGGGAACUCUUUGAACAGUAUGGUGCUGUCUAUGAAAUCAACGUCCUAAGGGAUAGGAGCCAAAAUCCUCCCCAGAGCAAAGGGUGCUGUUUUGUUACAUUUUACACCCGUAAAGCUGCAUUAGAUGCUCAGAAUGCUCUUCACAAUAUGAAGGUCCUCCCAGGGAUGCAUCAUCCUAUACAGAUGAAACCUGCUGACAGUGAGAAGAACAAUGCAGUGGAAGACAGGAAGCUGUUUAUUGGUAUGAUUUCCAAGAAGUGCACUGAAAAUGACAUCCGAGUCAUGUUCUCUUCAUUUGGACAGAUUGAAGAAUGCCGGAUAUUGCGGGGACCUGAUGGCCUGAGCAGAGGUUGUGCGUUCGUGACCUUCACGACAAGAGCCAUGGCACAGACGGCUAUCAAGGCAAUGCACCAAGCACAGACCAUGGAGGGUUGCUCGUCCCCCAUGGUGGUAAAAUUUGCUGAUACGCAGAAGGACAAAGAACAGAAGAGAAUGGCCCAGCAGCUCCAACAGCAGAUGCAGCAAAUCAGCGCAGCAUCUGUGUGGGGAAACCUUGCUGGUCUAAAUACUCUUGGACCCCAGUAUUUAGCACUUUAUUUGCAGCUCCUUCAGCAGACUGCCUCCUCUGGGAACCUCAACACCCUGAGCAGCCUCCACCCAAUGGGAGGGUUAAAUGCGAUGCAGUUGCAGAAUUUGGCCGCGCUGGCUGCCGCAGCCAGCGCAGCUCAGAGCACACCCAGCGGUACCAGUGCCCUCACUACAUCCAGCAGUCCCCUCAGCGUGCUCACCAGUUCAGCAGGGUCUUCACCGAGCUCUAGCAGCAGCAGCUCUGUCAACCCCAUCGCCUCCCUUGGAGCCCUGCAGACCCUGGCUGGAGCAACAGCAGGCCUCAACGUGAGCUCUUUGGCAGGGAUGGCUGCUUUAAAUGGGGGCCUCGGCAGCAGCGGCCUCUCCAAUGGCACCGGGAGCACCAUGGAAGCACUCACGCAGGCCUACUCCGGGAUCCAGCAAUAUGCUGCUGCAGCGCUCCCCACUUUAUACAACCAGAAUCUUUUGACACAGCAGAGUAUUGGUGCAGCUGGAAGCCAGAAGGAAGGUCCAGAGGGAGCGAACCUGUUCAUCUACCACCUGCCCCAGGAGUUUGGAGAUCAGGACCUGCUGCAGAUGUUUAUGCCCUUUGGGAAUGUCGUGUCCGCCAAGGUUUUUAUAGACAAGCAGACAAACCUGAGCAAGUGUUUUGGUUUCGUAAGUUACGACAAUCCUGUUUCGGCGCAAGCUGCCAUCCAGUCCAUGAAUGGCUUUCAGAUUGGCAUGAAGCGGCUUAAAGUGCAGCUCAAACGUUCGAAGAAUGACAGCAAACCCUACUGAGCGUGCUCCCCUCUGAGACUGGAGUGAGAGGGUCUUCUGGCACAGCUUGCCCUGAAGACUCGGCUCUGCCUUCUGUGGGAGUUUCGCUUCGUACAGAGGACGAGUUUGUGCUUUGGUUUCCAGUGUUUUACUUUGGAGUUUAGGUGCCAUAUCCUGAGUUGUUUUUUUUUUCCCCCUCUUUAUUUAAAGUUUGCUGUGUUUGUAACCAGUAUGUGUUGAGAAGGACCAACAUCAAACUGCCCUGGGGGUAGAGGGAGAGUGGAGAAGCAUUUAAAAAGAUCAGACUUGCCCCAAACUAUCCAAGAGAGAGGACCGAAUGAAACCGAAAAUGCUCUCAGAACCACCUACUCAGAGAGUGGUGAAAGGAGAACUGAUGUGCAGGCGCUGGGGGCAGAGUGACGGGGUUGGCUUUGGAGGAGUGAGUGGCUGACUCCAGUGGCCCUGGGAGGCGAAGGCUGAGACUUCUCCAUUGUUGCCUUCUAGGUGGAGAUAAUGAAUUCUUGCCUCCUGGUUUUCAGAUUCUUGUCAAGGAUUUCUGUCCCUUUUGCAAGAAUAAGGGGUUAACAAUUCUUGGAAAUGAAGCACCUGUUAAAUUAGCCUGGCAUAUGCCAACAGUAGGGAGCCAUCACCCAUUACCUGUUUUCUUAGCUAGCCGUUGGUUUGAGUUGGCCUUGUCCGACUGGUCAAAGUAGUCCUUUCUGAUAUAUUUCACCACCAAAUUAUUAGACCAUGGCUCAUUUCUACCAGGUCCCUUGGGAAAAGGCCUAUAGGGAAGAUGUAGUUGACCAUCAGACAGCAGAGCGCAUCACUGCCAAGCUCACAGUUUUCUUAUGAGGGUACAUCUGAGUGGCGUCUGGCUGAAGUGGCCUCUCUCCUGAGCAGAGCGAUCAAAAGCCAUUGAAUUGGGCGGAGGAGUUGGGGGGAGGAAGAGCCUGCUUCUUGGCUUACCUGAUCAGAUGCCCCUCUGCCACAAUGCUAUAUUUGCCAGUGACCAGCACUUAAUACUCAAAAGGACUAAGAAAUCCACACUUGUUGCCUAGCUGAGGUAUUCCAGACAUAGUUUUCCCUCUAAGGCAGGCCCCUUUUCUAACCACUUCAGCUCCACUGCAGCCUCUUUUUCUGCUCUUGGGGACAGAGGAGAUGAAAGGAUGUUUACAGCCUCCAUAUGGGUUUAGUGUUCAUUUACCUCAGUAUUACCGUGUUCAUUUUUGUCCUCGUGCUUACAGUCAGCUCCCUGCUGCCUCCCACAGGUCUCACUCCACCUCCUGCCUGUGACCCACACAACCUCUGGGCUCUGCCUCUGCUCCAAGAAACACUGGGGGCAUCAGCCAGGGAGCUCGGCUGUUGGGACUGUGCACCCGAUAGGCCAACACUCUCAGGAUAUGACUUCACCAAGGCCAGGGCUGGGUGUCUGGGAUCUUAAACCCCAUACAUCAGUCCUGACCCCUUGCAGCAGAGAUGAGAUUUAAGGGGUUGGUUUGCUAUUACGUCAGAGGGGCCUCGUUCCUUGUCAUGUUGUCCAUUUGGGUGACAAGCAGGGAUUGACUGUCUUGGGUGACAAGCAGGUGGUGUUGGAUUAUCCCAUUGAAACUGGGACAGCUGUUCCCUUCUCACAGUGGUAACUUGGGUCUGUUGUCCUCUUAAGAAACACGAAACAUACAUACUUCUUAAGCUGAACCACGUAAACUUGAAUUCUGCGCACUGGGAGAAAUGUGUCCUGUGUUUCAAGGAUAAAACUGUUCCAAAGGCUUCCAGGGUCAUGAUGGAAUUUUUUAAAUAAAUGCAAAAAAAUAAAAAUAAAUAAAAAGAAAAAAAGAAAACAAAAAAAGAAAAAAAAUGCUAGGUUGGGGAGGCGCUGUUCUGAAUCCCAACCAGCUGGAACCAAGAAUGUCGUUUCUAUUUUUAUAGAAGUUUUAUACAGCUCCGGGGUGGAGAAUAUUUAUUACCUAAAUUAUAUCUCUGGAAAAGGCCAGGAUUUUGUAGAAUCCAGAAUGUGAUUGUUGUACACACAGGGUGCUGUGUAUGAUUGAAACUACUGACUUUCUGUGGCCCAUUUGCAGCCCAGCUAAUCUGCCAGAGGGGGAGGAGUUAAUGCUGUGAACUGGCAGAGGAGAGAGCUGUGCUCCCUGGGGUGCUGCGGUGCUCUGAUGAUUGACCUUCUGUUCUGUCUUCCUCCUUGGCCAUCAUGGGGUCUCCUGAGCCCAGAACUCUACUCUGUCCCUCCUUGGGCCCUUUUCGCUCCCCCUCCCCCAUUAUCCCUGUUGUUUAUCCACAGAUGUGUCCUGGGCUCUGGGUCCUUACGAAACCCCUUUCCACAUGGCAUGAAAGGCAAAGGUGUGAUCAACUCACUUUGCUACCAGACCCUGAGGUGUCCUGUGUGCUAUGGGUCCUCUUUCUAAAGGGAGAGUGGGCCGAAGCAGGGCCCUGGCUCCCAGAGCGGCCAGCAGCCGAGAGCAUGCACUUCUCUGUUCUCUUCUCUCCCUGCCCAGUGAGCUAGCGCAGCGGCACUGCCCUUGAGCACAGUUCUCUCCCCAGGCCAAAGAUGGUUUUGUGAAGACGCUGCUCCCCGACAAGUCUCACAUGUGAAAGGGUUCAGCUCGGAGAGUGGAGACUAGCAGUCAAACCUUAAGCAAUCCUUUUCUGUUGUGUGGGGGUUUCACUUACAUAAAUGUGUUUUCUGCUGUAGUUUUUGUUUUCCUUGGAUUUCAUCAUGAAAUCGAUUUGCCUUGAAUGCAGCCAGACACUAUAUCCUGGGUUCCACACGAGUGGCCAGGGUCUGCAUGGAAGCUAAGAGCUUGGAUUUCUGGGAGCAAAGGGCCAUCCCCAGAAAUCCUGGCCCUGUCCACUAAAGAGUUCUACUGACGCCCAGGCAGCAUCUGCUGCACUCUCCCUGCAUCUUGACCAGGGGUUGAGGGACAGCCUGAGGCUCUGCUCCACUGGAGACCUUCUCAGCCAAGGUCAGGCUUCGGGGGAAAUCCAAGCCUUAGGUUCCCUUGUCUCUGGCAGUUGGAUGUUUUCUUGGUGUCCUCCAUGUCCUUUUUGACUUUUCCCUGUGUCCAUUGUUAGCAUGUGCAAAAGUUCCCUGUCAUCACCCAGCCCCUGCCCCGCCCGCCUCCUCAUUUCAGGGCUGUACACAGUGAGUGUUCCUGUUCUCUCUCUCUGUUUGGAUGUAUUGCUCUGUGUAACUCAGUGGGUCUCCCUCUUUCUGGUUUGUUUUUUUUUCUAGAUUCCUGCCGUUUGUUCAUCGUUGUGCCUAAAGCAUGUCGAUGUGGCGUCAAGUACAUCGUCCAAAUCCCUGUCUCUUCAGCUUCUCUGAUGCUUGAACUCUCACCUUUGACCUUGUGUUCACCUUUGAUGCUGAUGUGUAUUUUUAUUAUGUUUGUUUCUUUCUUUGUUUUUUCUUUUUUCUUUCCUUUUUUUUUUCUUUUGUGCUGCCAAAUUGGUUUUGCUAGAACGACUGCUGAAGGGGAAAUAUUUAAACUUGCAUUUGAAUAUAAAAAAAUCUAUUUUUCUAGAACUUCAUAAGAUAACCACUUGAUUUUGUGAUUCCAAUUCUUUGUAAUUGUCUUCAGAGCAGCCCUACUAGCACAUACCGUGUGGUGUUUGUAUUUCUGUGAACACACAGCCAGUCCGUUUCUAGGCUUCGUUUCUGUGUGCUUAGUUUUCAAGACAACUUUGAAGUAAACAAUGAAAUAAAAGAUGUCGCUAAAACCUUGGGGGCUCCUGAGCACGUUUUGCUGAUACAGUUUUGGGGCUCGAGGAGACCGCAUGUGUUCUUAUUUUUGUUGUUCUGAGUUCUCAGCUGCAGCAAACACCUGAACCUCUUCCUUUUUGACUGUAGGCUGCAGCUUGAGCCCCGGCCCUUUUUCUUUUGUGGUUCCUCCCUGUAGUGACCCGAGGGGAGCCCUCAGAUCCCCUUGUUCCCACCCCUCAGCCCCUCCAUGCCCUCCUCCAUGCUUGUUCCUACAGUCUCCACAGCAAAAUGUGAUGCUUUGAUUUUUUUUUGUUUUUGUAUUGUUUUUGUGUUGAAUUUUUUCCUUUCCUACUAAGAUUAUGCCCAGAAAAAAACAAGUUUUGCAUGUUUCCUGCUGUUUCUUCACACCUUCGUAUAUAUAUCUCUAUAAUAUAUAUAUAUAUAUAUCACCUUCACCUCUCUGUUUUCUAUAGUUUGUGCAAAAACUGAUCGAUUUAAAAGGGUUUCAAAGAAGCUGUUUUAAAUUGUUGUGGGGUUGUUUUUUUCAAGAUUGUACUGUUUUAUUUUGAAGUGGCAACUUUCUCCUCUCUUGCCUGUAGAGCGUUAGCCUGUGCACUUAGACUGUCACCUCCUGUGGCCUCCAGGCCCUGCAGGGCCUCUAAGGAGGCCGGCUGCUCUGCUCAGAGAUGGUGGGCAGAGGGCCUGGAGAGGCUGGAGGAGCAGAGAUAGGACGACUCAGAGGUGGCUGGGGGUGGGAGAGAAGCUUAGCGCAUUAGGGGUAAUGAGCUCCCCUUGGCCUGGAAGAAGGAGGGUGCUCGAAACCACUUUAGAGGAGGCCAUCUGUGCACUAAGCAGCCCACCUGCCACCACCUUUCCUAGGUGACAAGCACAAUACCACAGUCUUCACACUGUUUACAGCCCUGGGAGCCAGCCACCCCACACGGCUCUUCACCACAGUUCGGCUCUUGCUUAGCUAGUGGGGUGGGGCAAGGGCAGGGAUUGUAUCUUUUUGUAAUUGGGUGAAGAGCCAAAUAGCUACUGUCCCUGGGUGCCAGGCCAGCCUGUUCCUUGGUUUCCUGAGGGGAACUUGUCCUCCUCUCUGUGGCACCACCCAGCCUCAGGGUCUGAGGGACUUGAGUAAGAAUGUGAAUGGUGCAGCGAGAGGCCAGCAGGGAUGAGAGGUCACAGGACCGAUCUUUGGAGGUAAGAGGUUGCAGAGGGAGGAGCUUGUGACUGAUCCCACCCAGACCUAAGCUGCUGACUGGUGGGACGCGGGAAGUAGGAAGUCCUGGGAGAGGCGGAGCGGGGGCGGAGCCGAGGGCCUAGGGGAGGGGUGGGGAAGGUAGAAGCACUGUUAGCAUCACCCUUGCUGGGCUUGGAGAAGGCGCCCCACCAGAGCGUGCGCUGGGCCCCAGUGGGUUGCUUAGUACUACGCGGAGGCCACUCAUGCUAGGAGGAAAGGGCGGCCAGAUGGAGGCCCAGUGUAUGGUAGGCUGCUUAAUCUCCUGGAAGGGGUGAUUGGAUGGAGAGAGGCCAGGAGCCCCAGCCUGAGCGAGACUGCUGUGCACCCCACAGUCUGACUGCACAGAGCCGCCUCUGUUGGCAGAAGGCGCCAAGGCUCCCUUCCUGUGUAUUCAGAAUUCGUGUUUGCCAAUAUAUUUUGCUUUCAAUUCCAAGAGGAGCUCUGGGAAAACCUGUGGAUAAAACCAAAUGCCAAACGUUGGACGCUGUCUCCUUUUCCUUUUCUCUCUCUGAUUGUUUUAAUUGUUCUGUGGUGGUUUUAAUGGAUUUGAGGCCCUGGAGCGGCAGCUGCCUUUCUGAUUUCCAGCUGCUUUUUGUGAAUAAUUUAAAAAGAAAAAAAAAAAAGAAACUUUACAUUUUGGAGACAAACCUGUGUGAGUUUUUUAUUGGUACAAACGUUGUAUUUAACACUAGGGGUUUUGUACAGUUUUUUGCCUUUUCUACUAGAAAACAAUGUAAAGUGAUUUCACAAUGUGAAGAGAAAAAAUUGCCACUAUGACCAAACGCACAGUCUGUUCUGCAGCAACAACGGGAUUCAAUCAACUCAAAGUCGUGAUUCAGCCGUAGAAAUGCUUUUCCUUUACCUUGUUUGAGCUUUUCCUUUCUUUCCUGUUUUGAUUUGCAAAAGAAAAUGUCUUUUUUGUGUGAACUUGUGUUGUACUAUGUAGAAAAUUAUGGAUUUUACUUUAAUGGUUUAAAAAAAAAAGGCAAGAAGAGCCCUUGUCGCUUUUCUGACCUGAUCACAGAGUUUGUGUAGUGGAUUAAAAUGAAAAAAAAAAUAAAAAAUGUUACAAGUUUGGAGCAAGGGAGUAUGUGUUUAAAAGGAAUCUCUUUCCUUUUUUUUGUGUGUUUUUCCUUUUGUCCCAAUGGGGAACCUAAAUCUGUUUUAAUUGCACAGACACACGGACAAAAAGUCAUUUUGUAUCUGCCAAGUGUGGUACCUUCCUUUGUUUAUUUGCUAUUAAACUGUUUGA